AAAAGGGGCGGGACUAAAGACGUGCCAUGCUGCCAACAUGUUGCGUGUCUUUCAGGGGUUUUCCCUCUCACACCUGUAAUGACUGAACUUUGAUCACAUGAUUCUUCACCUCUGUCUCCUCACUGGGAGAAGAUGAUCUGCAGCAUCCUGCUGCUCAUCAGCCUGACCUCCUGUGUCUGUGGAACAUUUAUAGUGAAUGUGACACAGACCUCCUAUCAGGCAGAGGAGAACGGUAACGCCACACUGGAAUGGACGUUCACAACCAAAACGGACAACUCCCUCAACUCCCUUUCUAUCUUCUGUGAACUGUUUACUGAUCGUGGGUCCUCAGUCCUGUAUCAUCUACAUGAAGGUGUUGAGGUCCCAGAGUCUCAGGGUGAACAGUUUGCAGGACGAGUCCAGUGUGACAAAGAUGUCCUCAGAGAAGGACGAAUCAGACUUCAUGUAUCCAGACUCAGAACUGAAGACUCGGGCGAGUACGUGUGUGAAGUGAAGACAAGUUAUGGUGGCAGCUUACGUAAAUCCAGACUCACUGUCUCUGGAGAGCCUCAGGUCAUUUGCCCAAAUCCAACAAUCCAGGCGGUGGGAGGUGAUACGGUCACGCUACCAUGUUAUCUGGAUCCGCCACACAGCGUGGUGGAUUAUGCUGUCGAUUGGACAAGAGUUGACCUCAACAAGGUGGUCUACUCGUACCGGCACAAGCAGGAAAGUCAUAAUGACCAGAUGGAUCAAUACAGAGACAGGACGACUCUCCACCUUGAAGACCUGAGCAGAGGAAACCUGACUCUGCAGAUCUCCUCAGUACAGCUGGCUGACAGCGGACCGUACAGAUGUUUUGUCUCAAAACUGAGGAUCAGUUGUGUUACUGAAGUCAUUGUUAGUGAGCAAGGAGAGUUCAUACAGUUUCAUUCUGAUGCUAUAAAAGAUGGUGGAAAAAGGCACAUUAUUCAUGCUGGCAUCAUUUCCUCUCUUGUUGUUCUUCUUGGAGUUCUGAUUGUGCUUCUGGUGAAAUAUAAAUUAAAGAAGAGGCUCAGAUGAAGCUGUGAGCUGGAACACCUGAGAACAUCAUCAACAAAAGAGGAGACAACUGUCUUUGUUUGUCUGUGAUUGGCUGUCUAAAAUUAGCACAGAUGACUGAACCGUUUUUUAAAUCACAAGUAUUUUUUAUUAGAUUUUUUUUGUUUAAAGAAUGUACUUUUUUAAGAAUUUAUUUUUUUAAAUAAUUUAUUUUAAAUAAUGUUUUGCAGUCCACCAAACAUCUUGGCAUUAUGGAAUCAGGGACCUUGUAUCUGUUAAUAUUAAUCGUGUCUAACAGUCUUAUCCAUAAAUUCAGGCACAUGAGGGAGGCAAAGAACCAAUCGUUUAACUUGUUUUGUAUUUGCAUCACUUUGUCAUACAGAUACUUUUGGCUUGACAGCAGACUUUCAUUCAGAAUUUUUUUUAAACAUUUAACUCAACAUAUGUAACAUUUAGGCCUAAAAGUCAAACCAGGCUUUCUGUAUAAAAUUCAUAGCUGUGAAUUUGGAUGAAAAAAUGGAGCACGCCUGAUUUCUAACUAAAGAGUUUUUUUUAUUUUGGCGGGGUGGGAUCCAUACAAAAUCAUUAAAGGGAGCCUGACUGUAGACAUUCUGUAAAAUUGCCAUUGUGCGUUGAAGUUAAAACAAACUAAACACCAAAGUCACACAAUAACAUAAACUAACCAAACGAGGCCACGGUAGACCAGAGAGGUACAAUAACUAUUUUUUUUAUCAAUUGAGUCUUGUGGUUUUGCCGAAUAAGUUUUUGAUGUGGUAUUUUUUAGGGCUGGGCAUCGCGUUAACACAUUCAUUAAAAAACGCAGACAAUUAUUUUAUCGCACAUUAAUGCAUUUGUUUAUUAUUUUGAAAGUCCGUUGCUCACAGGCUCUGAAUACACAGAGUCAAACCGUGGGUCACCCAAACCAGCAGUGGAGGGAGGCUUCGGCAGACUACUUGGAGGCUACGUAACUUUACCAUAUAGGCCUGCUUGUUAAAGAAAUGAAUGCCCUGGCUGUGGCAAAUAGCUUUGGUUUAAUAUUUGUUGUUGAUUAUUAAGUUGAGAUUUACAAGAAAUAUUUUAUUGCUACUGUGUAAAGGGAAUACUGCUGGUAAAAAGAACCUUAUUUCUUAAAAGUGUUUGCAAACCAUGUUAUUGCAUUUUUGGGUCUAUAGCAGUACAUUUAAAUUAAAAGUGCUUAACACUCUACUUUAGAAUUCAUUAUUCAAUUUUGCGCAUAACAAUGCGAUUAAUCGCGAUUUUAAAAAUGAAUCCUUGCCUAGCACAAAUAUUUUUAUUAAAAUAUUCUGUACCGUCCAAAUAACGCUUAUUUGCCUACACUUGUACUCUGCAUGUCGCCAUUUACUUUGCGAUGACUCCCAGUUCUGCUGCCAAAGCUGGUUUUAACUCCCAUGUUACAUUCAGUAACAGUCCCAGCUCGUUAUCCAUGCAAAAAAAAAAGAUCUGGUCUGAUUCUUCGUAUGCAUUACUUUUUAUUCUUUCACCAAAUCUUCUGUAACUACAAAAUAGACCAUCGGCUUCAUCUUUACACCUGCACUCGCAUGCCCAGUGUACCUGAUCGGGCACUAAAUGUGUGUUUCAGUUGUUUAAGUAGACGGAUAUCAACUUUAAAAAUGCAGCUAAAACGCUGGUGUGGACUGAGAUCAUAUUCGUUUUAGAACUCUGUUUUUAAACAGCACGGCUCAGAGCCAGAUCAAAUUGAACCCCCUUUUCGGCUCUGUAACGUUACCUUUCACACAGGGAAGCAUAUUGGCACAAUCCUCACGGAAAAUUAAGCAGUGUGAAAACAGACUCACCUGAUGCUGCUUUACACAAUAUGCUGGAAACUCCCAUUGCAACGUUAAAGUGAUAUUUUUAUUAGCUUGAGGUUUAACUAACUCAUGCUCACUAGGACUAUAACGUUACAACGAUUCAAUAUGACACGAUAUAUCAGCAAAAUCAAAGAAUUAGUUCGGGAGCUAGUCUGAAUAUUAUGAGAUUCUUGUCACACUUUAUAACAGUCAGACUGCAGUUAGUAACUUUACUGUAGUGGAUGGCUCCUGUGCAGUUAUGUUGUAGUAUUGUUGUAUAUUAUUUGGGUCACAUAAGUUACAGCGACUGAGAGGUGGAGAAGUUGUGUACCUGAGUAUCAGCAUAAUAAAAAUAAAUCUAAAUUAAACAUUAGGAAGCAAAUAAUGUUAGCAACUGGUCGCCGUUAGUCGGUGAGCUUAACAUCAGUCUUUCCGAUGUUGACCCAGUGUUUAUUAUCCUUUAAGUGGAGUUUGUGUUGGAGUCUGUUUUGCUGGGAGCCGGUUGUUUUGCGGUGUAAGUGGACUGCAUUUUGUUAGCUGCUGUGUUGCUGCUGUAGUCUGAGAGAGAGAGGCCUGGGAGCGCGAUGCAGCCACAUCGCGACCCGAUACCAUCGCAUAACAAGCAGAAUAGUGGUCGUUGCAAGCAGCAGAGAACGUGCGUGUGCUUUACUACUAAGUUGGGUUUGCGAGAAAUACAUUUUAAAUAGUAGAUUAAGAUCAUUUUUACACUAUCAGUCAGGCACCUAUCAAUUACUGACUGUAUAUAAUUUUGUGAAAUAAGUUUUGGUCACAAUGUUGUAACACUUCAAGCUAAGAGCCACAAGACUACCAUUUGAGUAUUGAUCAAAGGAUCAUAUUUUUACAAUAGAAACUCGAAAUUUGAACACAAAUGGGUGAAACUAUGGGGACUGUGGGAAAAGGCCUUUUUGCUAUAUACAUAUAUUUACAUGUCUCUUUGUCAUCUCAGGAAGAGCCAAGAAGUGUAAUAAAACUUCAAAUCAAACCUACAUUUUGAGCCAAACACGUGAAACUUAUCCUGAUCCAUUCUUGUUUAGACUGUAACUCCUCUUUACCUUCAUUACACUGACAAUGAAACUCUACAGGUUAGCCUUUUAUGAAACACUGUUUGCCUUAAUGUAAGUUUUAUGUAUCAUGCAUCAUGUACAGUGUGUGUGUGUACAUAUUGUUGGUUGUAUACUUGUAACUGUGUGUUUUGGAAAAGUGUUUGAAACAUUAAAAAAUAAUUAUUGGAUUCCCAGCA